AUGGCCAGCACCGCAGAGGCCGAUGCCAAAGCCUGCACCGCCGAGGAGCAAGAGCGCAAAAAAAUGAAGCCGAGCUACUCCAUCGACGACGCCACUCAAUUACUAAGGAAGCACUUCAACGUGCCCGCCACGGCCGUGAAAGAGCUCGAUUCCUACGACGACCAGAAUUUCCGAGUCACGAGUCCGUACGGCACGUAUGUCCUCAAGGCGCACAACGGUGUCGAAAGUCGCAAUACGCAGUUGUUAGAUGCCCAAUCUCAACUAUUGAAACACCUGGAAGAUCAUAACAUAAGGGCACCGGUCGAGGCCCAAUCUAGGGUAACGUUAAAACGGACGACGCUACGUUUACUAAGGUGGGUCGACGGCGACGUGUUAUCUUCGUCGACGAUGACGCCUUCACUACUGGAGAGGGCGGGCUCCUUCCUGGGAGAUAUUCGUAAAGCACUGGACACGUUCGACCACCAAGCCUUGCACCGAUUGCAUCUGUGGGAUCUGAGGCGGUUCCCGGCCGUCGCGACCUUCUCUAGUAAAUUGAGGAGCAUGGACUGCGAUGUUAAGAGAGUCAAACUCGUCGAGACGUGCAUCGAGAACUACGCUUCCCAGAACUUUGAUAGUUUACCGAUGGCGACGCUACAUGGGGAUUUCAACGACGCGAACAUACUAUUACACGGAGAUAAAUGGGGCAUCUUGGACGUGGGCGACUGUGUUUAUAGUUGGAGGGUCAACGACGUCGCGAUUGGAGCGGCUUACGUGAUGGUUAACCUCUGUACUUCUGAAAAUAAAAGGAGCGGCUUCACUGAUAAGGGGGACCACGUGGCCGUGCAGGGCGCCCAGAAAUUUGUCGAGGGGUUCCUGCAGAGGUCGACCUUAUCCAAGGACGAGUGUCGGGCGCUGCCGCAUCUCAUCGCGGCGCGCCUCGCGACGUCGUUCACGCGAGUCUCGCGGCGUCCUUUCCGUCGACUUGAACGUGGCGUGGUCGCGUCGAUGGCGUGGUGGUGGUGCGCCGUUCUCCGAGACGCCGUCGACGCGCGCCGCUCGCAGGCUCGGCUGGUACUCCUACCGCGAAUCUUUAGCUGCCCAGCCGGACAUGCCUCAACAACGGCGGGACUACCUGCUCCACCACGCGCUGCCCGCGGCGACGGCCCUCGACGUGUGUCUCCAGGCGACGUCAUUGGUAGCCGACUGGCCGACGACGAAACCCGUGAGAGACCCUAGGCGCUAG